UCGGGAGGAGGAGAGAAGAAAACGGAAGGUUAUGGUGUGUAACGUGUGAUCGAGGAACUUGGACGAUCGGUUGUUCCGGAGAAGAAGGUUAAUAUUAAAGUUUGUGGUUGCGGAGAGGAGAACCGAUUGGGCCCUGCUUGUUUGGAUAUCGUCUGACUGCGAAGAUGAACCAACAGUGCAAGGUCUGCGGCGAGCCGGCGGCUGGUUUUCAUUUCGGAGCGUUCACGUGCGAGGGUUGCAAGUCCUUCUUCGGGCGCACCUACAACAACCUGGGCAGCAUAUCCGAGUGCAAAAACGGCGGCGUCUGCGUGAUCAACAAGAAGAACCGGACCGCCUGCAAAGCGUGUCGGCUACGCAAAUGUCUGAUGGUCGGGAUGUCGAAGUCUGGGUCGCGAUACGGUCGUCGAUCGAAUUGGUUCAAGAUCCACUGUCUCCUGCAAGAACAGACCAACGGGAGUCAGAAUAUGGGCGUGGCGCCGGGCGCUGGUUCGCCAUUUGGACCUGGUUUCCUGCCAGGAUUUCUGCCCCAGCCCCAAGGACAGCAGCCUGGCGGCGUGUACAAGGACGGAAAGGAUCGUGCUUCACCUAGUCAGGAGGACCUAGCCCUCCAAUCGCACCUCCUACACGUGGCGAUGCUGAAGCAAGAACACGAAAGGGGCAACAAGUCACCGCACCCCGACGAUGUGGCCCUUCAGAACCAGUUGCGCUUGCUGGCCUGGCAGAAGGAACGCGAGAGGAUCGGCGGUAACCCUCAACAACGGCCUGGCACACCACCCAGGGACACAACACCCCCGCCGUUCUAUAAACAGGAACAGCAACACCCAGCAUCGCCUAUAUUCCCUAUGAACUUUGCUCAAAAGGACGUCUGCGUGCCGUGCAGCCCGCCAGACGUUUUCAGACCGUUCCUGCCGACGUACAAAAGGGCAGCGGACACACCCAGCGACAGUGGUGCAUCCUCCGUGGACGGCGGCGACGGUCAGGACACCGAGUCCAGGAGUAACUCAGCGUUGAGCUACUUCAAAGCCAGCGCUGCAUCGCCGACAUUAUCCGAAAGAGAUUUCCCAGCGAGGAAGAUCAACGCUACGGUAACUCUAACGACAGGCUAUCAUCCUCAUCAAGGUCUAGGACUGAUGUACCCGCCACCUGGUCUGGUCACCCCAGCAACGUCACAGCAUUCACCCAGAGGCGGCGAUCUGUUGUUGGUCAGCCCCAGUCCAGGCGGCCUAGCGGUCGAACAGGACGAACCGAUCGAUCUGAGCAUCAGGUCGAGCAGAAGCUCCCCCAGACCCAGCCAGUCGUCGGAGGAGGACAACAGAUCGAACGACAACGACUGCGAUCGCGACAGUCCGGUGAAAGAGGAGGCCACGACGAAGAGCAAACCGUUGGACCUGACGCUAGGAGUGAAGAGGCCCACGGAACUACCUCUGUCGCUGUGAAAGCUUCCGGUGAACCAGCAGGCCCAAGACGGGCUGGUCCCGAGUACUGACGCACCCAUUAGGUGCGGGUGAAUCCUCGUCGAAAGAGUCCGACUGAUGGCUUCGAGGGGAUCGAUGAAAAAACGGGGGAAAGUCACGAGGAUAGAUAUGGUCUCUCCGAGGCCAGAGAUCAGGAGAAAAGGAACAUCGAAGGAACUAGAAGACGGCUGGAUGAUCGUUAACGGAAUCGUUCUGUAUUUUUCGGAACGAACGAAAAUCGAGGGGGGGGGGGCGAUCGUUCUGGAGCAACGAUCGGAGACCGGCACGAAAAUGUGUUCAAAUCCUGUACAUAGAGGUGUCCAUCGAACCGAUCCGGGGGAGUCGAGAUUAAUUUAUUGCGGUAGCGGCUAGAAAGCGAGCGAGAAACGGAGUCGACCUAAUCGCUGAUUUCACUUAACUCCUUAAUUCUGACAUGUUAGAGGUUCUUUUCUGUUUCUUUGUUUCUUUUUUUUUUUCUCGAUCGCGAGCUGUAUCGUACGCGUUUAUACACCAUGCGACUAUGUAAGCCCUGUAUAAAAAAAAACCCGAGGAGUCGCGGAUAUACCGGCCAGUAGUGGAGUGCCUUAAUAUAAUAUAUUUAUACAAAUAUCCUUUAUGUAUAUGUAUGUAUAAUUCGGAAACGGACCGCUUUUAUGGAUGUCGUCUGAACCGGGGAACGCACGAUCGCUCGCGCGCGCGCCGUAAUAUUCUCUUCGCUGUUGUAUAGCGAUAUUGUCAUACGCGUGUUACGGGGCAGCGGAGGGAGGCGAGUAACACUCGUGGAACGGUGUUUCCUCGCGCAUCCGCGACCCUGUCACGAUCAGAGGCCAGUAAUUAAAACGAACGAGAGAAAUGACGUCACGUCGAUGUAUAAAACAAUCGUGCAUCUUGUAAAUAA